AUGAGUGCAUCAAGACAUAACUCAUCUGGUAUUGGUGGCUCUUCUAACCCAUCCUCUCAGACUCCUAUACAAUCUAGUCCAAAUUCGCAAUAUUUGGAUUUUGUCAACCCUCGUGGAUUAGAUGCUAUCGACCUCAAUGAUGAUGAUAUUGAAGAUCGGAGGCAAAAUAGUAUUCAACACUGGCAUUGGAAAGAGGAUGAGAUGCUGAUCAGUGCAUGGUUAAAUGUUUCAACUGACCCUAUAAUUGGUACCGAUCAAAAGGGGAAAACAUUUUGGAGUCGAAUUCAUAGCUACUGUGUAGAAUUUUACUCCGACAUGACAAGGGGGGUAGUUGCAUGUAAGAAACGAUGGUAUAAGAUCAACAAGGUUGUUGCACAAUUUGCUGGUUGCUACGAUCAAGCUAGUCGAAACAUAAGGAGUGGUUCGAACGCUGAUGAUAUAAAGGAGUUGGCUUAUAAACUUUAUUCCACACAUUAUGGUCAAAAAUUCACUUUUGAGAGGCAAUGGAACAUGCUUCGGUUGGAGCAAAAAUGA